AUGGUCCCUCGAUCAUUGAAGCUGUACAACCGCUUCGUUCAGCUCCGAGAAGCACAUCCGAAUGCCCAGCGGAAGCUGCUGGCUGGCGUUCAUCGCAGAUAUCUGAAACGUGCCACGAAUCCUUCCGCAUUCGUUAUCCCCGACAAAACUCUGCGGAUCGUUCUUCUGCAAAACAUCGAUUGA